AAGAGAAUCGGCAGUUGUGUUCCUCGAGAGGGGCCCGUAGCCCCCCUCUCUUCUGCCCCCUCGUGGCAGGCAAAGUCUUUCGUUUGCAGGGAGCAUAUAUAUGCUGGGUUGUAGCUGAAGGAGCUGGGUGGGUCCCGUUUAUCCCUUUUAUUAUUUUUAAUUGCGCUUUUGCUACAUGUGUUGUUAGGGUGGUUUUAAUUAAGUUUUUGUUUGUAUUCUGCUCUCUUGACAGUUAGCACCCCUGAGCAUCAUUUUGACAGAAAAUAUAGAUCAAAUAAAUAUGCGAACAAACGCUUUCCCCAUGCCUCCAAUUUGUUCCUCCAUUACUCCACUUCUAGGGUGAAGCAGACAGAGUUGUUUGACAGGUGGAAAGAUCUCCAGAUGUGCAAAUGGCAGAUGAAUGUCAGCGAAGCCAACCUCUUCAAGUCCACGCUGUCGAGGUGCUGCAAUGCACCAGCCUUCCUCUUCACCACCCAGAGGAACACGCCUUUGGGGACCAAACUGAAGUACGAGGUGGAUACGAGCGGCAUCUUCCACAUCAAUGAAGAGAUUUUCAGAAUCUUUCCAAAGGAGAUGCCGUACUAUCGGUCCCAGUUCAAGAAAUGUGCUGUGGUUGGAAACGGCGGGAUUCUGAAGAACAGCCGAUGCGGCCGGGAGAUUGACAGCGCGGACUUUGUAUUUCGAUGCAACUUGGCCCCCAUAUCUGAGAAAUACAUCGUAGACGUUGGCGUCAAGACCGACAUCGUGACGGUUAAUCCCAGCAUAAUUACUGAAAGAUUUCACAAGCUGGAGAAGUGGAGGAAGCCCUUUUUCAACGUCCUGCAAGUUUAUGAAAACGCUUCAGUGCUGCUUCCCGCCUUCUACAACUCCCGCAACACAGACGUCUCCAUCCGGGUCAGGUACGUCCUGGACGACUUCGAGUCGCGGCAGGCCGUCUACUUCUUCCACCCGCAGUAUCUCAUCAACGUCUCGCGCUACUGGGCGACGCAAGGCGUGCGGGCCAAGCGCAUCAGCACAGGCCUCAUCAUGGUGACGGCCGCCUUGGAGUUGUGUGAGGAAGUGCACCUCUUCGGAUUCUGGGCUUUCCCCAUGAACCCCUCAGGGACGUACAUCACCCAUCAUUACUACGACAACGUCAAGCCUCGGCCGGGAUUCCAUGCCAUGCCUUCAGAAAUCUUCAACUUCCUCCACAUGCACAGCAAAGGGAUCCUGAGAGUCCACACAGAUGAGUGUACCUGCUAAUGCUGGAGGACCACAAGGACUUCCGUGGCUCCUGAGCCACGUGGAGACACGAAAGGAGAUGCUCUGCUGGAGGACUCAUUCACACGGCAGAUCCCGAGACGGAAGGGUUUAGCGCCUGUCGUUAUUUGUAUCUUGUGAAUGCAGCUUCAUGCUAAGGUCCACUUUCUGGAUACACGCAUGGCUGCUAGAACUGGGGUCAGGGCAUUCAACGUAGAAAAGUCUUAUUAUAUUGAGAGAUUUAUGCAAUAAUAUGAUAGAUUUAAGUUUCUUCAAAGGCUUCGCCUUCUGCCAAAGGUGGCAUUUUUAGCACUAUCACUUUGUAGGGUCGUCUUCCCCAACCUGGUGUCUUCAUGAUGCGAGGGGCUAGAACUCCCAUCAUUCCCAUCCAGGAUGCCCAAAACAUCUGGAGUGUGCCAAACUGGGGACGGCUGGUGUAGGGUUACAGAUGUUUGGUGAACCAGCUUUUCUCCAUCACAGGAAAUCAUGCACAACCCUGAAACUCUUAAUGAACAAAAAAGCACAUAACCUAGAGACUUUAGGCUGGAAAUAAGAACAUGCUGUGGGACCGAUGCGUUAUUUCAGCUUCAGGAAAGCAACAAACCUAUGCAUACUUGACAAAGUAGAGGACCGAACCCUGUCGUUCUUACUCUGUGGUACUGGUGCCCGUGAUCCUGAAGACCUAAGACUGCAAGGGACCCGAUUCCCGUCUCCUGUCUGGAACUCCACCUGCUGGGUUCCCACAGGUACCACUGGUAUGAAGGGCAUGUGGGUAUCAGUCCUCUCCUGGGUUGCACUCUCCAACCAUGAAACGAGAACCAGUUUGGGUCUGGACAGAGUUUAGUUUUGCAGGAUGUGCUUUGCUUUUCAAUGAACCUCCAAACCCAUCAGCUAACGCCAGGGGCAAAAGAGCAGCUCUGGAAAGUGAACCCGUCCUCCAGCCACAUGCAGUUCCCCGUCAUUCAUUCUCGGCCCCAGAAGGGGAACGCGCAGAGUCUUUCACACACAGAUCUGCUCCGGUGCCUUGCGUCCGCUGCCAAACGUUCCUGAAUCCAGCAGCCUGAUUUAGGAUGGGAAAGGGCUCUCGGUUGUCACUGUUAAGCUGCUGGGAGCUGGAAACACUUGCUGAUCCACCAGAGGUCUCCCGCAGCUCCUCAUCUCCUUAGCCCCUGUGCUUAAUCACCCUCUUGUUGUUACUUACAAACCUGGGGUUAAAGAAGGAUAAAACGGUGGGUGCUGCCCUUCAAGGGACAGAAUUGCCGUGUUGGCUGAUGCAUAUGCAGAAGCGGGGGUGGGGGUGGGGGGCAUCCUGAUCCCAGCCUCAGUGGGGCAAAAGUAGAUUAGGAAGCAAGCAAGGGAAAUGCAUGCUUGCGGAGGGAGGGAGCGUGAUCAAAGCCAUCCCGAGCAGCCGAUGAUUCAAACAGGCAGCGGGUUGCGUGAGGACAACCCUGGGGAGGGAGCAGCCGAUGGAAGCUCGUUCUGGUCUCAGCCUCACUCCGAAGCAUCUUCUGAGUGGCAGAGGGGGGAUUUUGACCCUCUGCCCUGGAAGGAUCAAAGCGAAGGUGCACCCCACCCAGCACUGGGCGCGCCGUGGUGAGGACCCCUGCGGCGGCUUUCCGCUCUCACCCGGUCACUUGGUAAGAGAGAUUCACAUGGAUUUAAUCUUCUCCAUUUUAAAAACUUUUAACAAGUUUUGUUAGCUUUACUUCAUGACAUGACAUUGUUGCCAAAACUCAGUCCGGAUGUCCUGUCCAGUCUCAGCACUAGAAAGACAGAAAAGCUUCCUCGUGACCAUUGCUAGUUUGGGAACAACCUUGUGAUUGUUGCACCGAUCUUUAGAUUUUGAGAUAGUUUUUUCAUCUUUCGAUUGCCUAUACUGUGAUUCAUUUCUUUGGUAACAACACACGGUCCUUGCUGUUAAAACAAGGAGAAAACAGUGGUAUUUAGUGCUCUGUAGGCCUUGAGUAUUGUACAUUAUGCUGCAGUGAAGUACGGGGUCAUUCGUCUUUUUAAAAAAAUGUUAAUCCAGUAAAUAUAAAUACUUGUAUUCAUUAGAGGCCUUCAUACAGAGGAAAAGCAAGGAGUAAUUGAUUAGAUAAAUAUCCUUCUAAUUUGAGGAUGGAAUUAUCCUUUUGUUAUUAACACAACUUGAAAUGUAAAU